CGCCGAAAUGCCGCCGCCGUCGCCGCGGCGAGACUUCCCAGCGUUCCCCUUCGCGCCGUACCAGAUCCAGUCGGAGUUCAUGUCCUUCCUCUACGCCGCCCUCUCCUCCGGACCCCGCGCCCUCGCCCUCCUCGAGAGCCCCACCGGCACCGGAAAGACCCUCAGCAUCAUCUGCAGCGCGCUCCAGUGGCUCCUGGACCACCGCGACGCCGCCGUGGGGGGCCACCCCGACCGGGCCGAUGGCUCCACAGCCGCGGCUACCGGCGGCGAAGAUGAAGAGCCUGACUGGAUGCGGGAUUUCACCCCGCUUCUGCCCAAGAAGGAUACCACGAAGAAGAGGAAGCCUCGCCCCGCGAGGAGGCAGGAGCCCAGGAAGGCGGCUGGUGCGGAGGACAAUGGCGAGAACGAGUUCUUGAGCAAACCAACGAAAUGUUCAGCGCAGUGA